GCAGCAGAAGCCAGCGCGGCGCGGCCGCCAUUGCUGGAAGGCUUUCGUCAGAGCCCGGCUGGCGCGGGCGGCUGGUCCAGUCCCAGCGGCCCAGUCACUAGGCGUCAUUGGCUCAGGCAUCAGCGCCCUCAUCACCCUCUCCCGCCUUGGUCGGGACGGGCGGCGGCGGCGGCGGCUGCGGUGGUGGCGGCGUCAGGGGGCGGAGCCGCCCGGGGCGCCCUUUGUCUGUGGAGGCGGGUGCUCAAGCCGAAAUUGUAUCUCUCAAGAUCCCUGCCAGGAGCCAGAUCUGAAUAUCAUAGUCGGGACAUGAAAGAUUAAUACCUUUAGGGAAAAAGCCAGUGCAAUAGCCACCUUCAGGAGCCUACACAUGUCAACUCUGCAUGAGCAAGGCAGGAUUCUGAGAGUGGCUGCCCCUGGGAAGCCGAAAGCAUUCUUACACCUACCCACUGGCUCCUGAUGCUCUCCUGAGAUGAGGCACCUUUAAAACCUGGGAGUGCCUGUCUCCCAUAAGGUGCUGAAAAAUCAGCCUCCAAGGGACUGCCAAGGAUACUGAAGCUGUUAGCUCCGGUCUGUCUCUUGACUGUCAUGUUAAAAGAGAACAAGGCUUUGGUGACAUUGCAACUUAAGAGCUGCAAUGAGGUGUAGUCAUCCUGGUGGAGGACUGAAUCCAGUGAUGCCUUCUCAGAAUGCUAUACUUUCCCAGCAGGGAAACAUGGAGAAGGAAAUGAAUGUUGGAUCACAGAUAGUUAGGUCUCAGGAAUCACUGACAUUCCAGGACGUGGCUGUGGACUUCACCAGAGAGGAGUGGGACCAGCUGUACCCUGCUCAGAAGAACCUCUACCGAGAUGUGAUGCUGGAGAACUAUAGAAAUCUGGUUGCUCUAGGUCAUCAGCUUUAUAAGCCAGAGGUGAUCACCCAGUUGGAGCAAGAGGAAGAGCGGAUGAUGGGAAGAGGCAGCCUGUUGGACACUCAUUCAGAUGGGGAGAAUAGAUCUGAAAUUAAAAAAUCAACCCCAAACCAGAGUAUCUCUGAUGAAAAUCAGACCCAUGACAUGAUAAUGGAGAAACUAACAGGAGACAGUUUCUGGUAUUCCAUCUUAGGUGGACUCUGGGAUUUUGAUUACCAAUUAGAAUUUAACCAAGAAAACCAGCAGAGACAUUUAGGACAAGUAUCUUUCACCCACAGAAAGAUCACACAGGAGAGAAGCCUUGAGUGUAAUAGAUUUGUGGAAAACUGCAAUCUGAACUCAAACCUUAUUAUGCAUCAGAGAAUUCCUUCAAUUAAAAUACCCCUUGACUCAAACACACAAGGAAAUAGCAUCAAACAUAAUUCAGACCUGAUUUACUAUCAGGGAAACUAUGUAAGAGAGAAUCCUUAUGAAUAUAAUGAGUGUGGAAAAAUCUUCAAUCAACAUAUUCUUCUUACUAAUCACAUUCGUACUGAAGGGAAACCCAGUGAAUGUGGGAAGCCCUUCAGCCAAAACUCAUCUCUUACUCAACCUCAGAUAGUCCUUACAGGAGAGAAGCCCUAUAAGUGUGAUGAAUGUGGGAAAAGAUUCAGCCAGAGGAUACAUCUUAUUCAACAUCAGAGAAUUCACACAGGAGAAAAACCUUUUAUUUGCAAUGAAUGUGGGAAAGCCUUUCGUCAGCACUCAUCUUUUACUCAACAUCUGAGAAUUCAUACUGGAGAGAAGCCCUAUAAAUGCAGUCAAUGUGGUAAAGCCUUUAGCCGUAUCACAUCCCUCACUGAACAUCAUAGACUUCAUACUGGAGAGAAACCUUACGAAUGUAGUUUUUGUGGGAAAGCCUUCAGCCAGAGGACACAUCUUAAUCAGCAUGAGAGAACUCAUACAGGAGAGAAACCCUAUAAAUGUAAUGAAUGUGAAAAAGCCUUUAGCCAGAGUGCACACCUUAAUCAACAUAGGAAAAUCCAUACUCGGGAGAAAUUAUGUGAAUAUAAUAAAUGUGAGAAAACCUUAAGCCACAGUCCUUCACUUACUCAACAGCACAUAACUCAGAAUUUUUAGCCUUGUUCUCAGGGAGGUGGGAGUGGGGGGAGGAGAAUCAUAUGACUAUAUAAAAGUAAGACAUUAAAAAAAAAAAAGACUUGUUUGGUUAGGCCUUUUCAUCCCAUUCAAUAUCAAAUUAUUCAUAGUGAAGAGAAGGCUUAUAAAUAAACUCCUAAUGCAUAGACACUAAAUAAAUUUGGACCUUAAACUAGUAGCAUAUUAUAUUCCCAGGAGAGAUUAUAAAUAGUGAAAAUAAUUUGUUUUAUAAACAAGAUUAUAUUAGGCAUCAUGGUCUAAAACUUUUUAAUUGGCCGGAAAUUCUGUAGGCAAUAACCUGUAAUUAUUCACCUGUGAUUUUUAUGGCAUAAAGUUUUAAAAUUAUAUAAACAUUGAUUAAUCAAGGCUAUUAUGUAGUAUAACCAGUCACAUAAAUUUGAAAUAAACAGAAAAGAGCAAUAUUUCUCAAGCUUCACUCAUUUGUGUGCAUCCUUUACAGAUUUUACCAUAUUUAGUGUUUACUUAUUGUUUUUCUUUAAAGGGACUCAGAGUUUUUAGCCUUGUCCUAGGAUGUAUUAUUUAUGGAAAUUGUAUGAGUUUUAUAUGCUAAUUAUAUUCUAAUUUCCACCAAAAUAAAUAUAUAACUUUGAAACUGAAAAUAUCCUUUGGUGGACCACCGAAAUCUUCCGUACCAUUAUUUGAAAAUCCAUGUGGUAGGAUAUGGCAGUAUCAUGCUUUUUUUUUUUUAGAAACCCUGCAUUAUGUUCAUCAAAUGGGUCCUAGGAUCUUUAAGAAGAGUCUUGGAGGACACUGGGGGUCCUAUUGAUAAACUUUGGAAAGUGAUUCAGAGAAGUCUACUUUUCUAUCCUGUUAUUCUAGUUUUAAAUUUCCCUAUAGCAAACAUAGAUUUUUUUUUAAUUAAAAUUGUUAUUUCUGUUACAUUUGUAGGUUUGAAUAGAGAGGGGAUUUUGUUUUGUAAUGUCAGGGGGGUUAUAAGAAUCCCUACACCUCCCUGCACCGCCAUGGAAAGACAAGAAGUAGGGGCUGUUCCCGAGGGUAAGCAGUGGUGCUUCGAGGCUAAGAACCAGGGAAGAGCCUUAUAGACACAACUUGUAUACACAACUAAGGAAGUGUCACUAGUUGGCUUAAUAAUUCAUUUUAUUUAUUGAAAUGUAUUUCUGUAAUACCUGUUUCCAAAACAAAAUUAAGGUCAUUUAAUUUGAUAUUUAUGAUUACUGCUUCAUUUGCCAGAGAUCACGUUUUGAUGUUACAAAGCACAGUAAACACAAGCUCUCAUAAACCAUGAACAACUAUGGAGCCGCAGCUAUGGAGCCGCUUCUGUUUCUCGGCUCUCUGUUUUUCUUUCGGUCUUCUCAGAUGUGGCUGAAGAAGCUCUGAGGCUAAAGUAGGAAUACAGUCCCUUGCUUUCUCUCCUUUCCUCAAACCUAUCUAUCUCCCAGCUCAGGACUUCCCCAAUUUUUUUUUCCCUGUGAAGGACCAGAUUUUAUAAGCCUUAAGUCAAAGCUUGAAAUGAUUUAACUUUUUUAAAUUAAAACACUAAAACGCCAAGAAAGUAAUGAACUCCUUUCAUCAUGGAAAUUACACUUUUCAAAGUAUAUUUUUGUCCCACGCAUCAGAGGGUGAAAAAGUUGCUAGAACCGAGUUGUGGUAGUCAGGGAGGAUUCUUAAUAAUAUUCUGUGUUCAAAUAUCUUGGUAAUGGAUAUCCAUUUUCAGAGCAAAUCAGUUCUUGAAGUGUCUCUUCACCAAAAGAACUACUCUGCCUCCUUAGAGCAUAUAAAUAUUGAAGGCACUCAGGUUUCAGGAAGAGUGAACCAAGGUGAUGUCUGAGACAGCAGAGGUAUAGAUUAAAAGAAGUAAAGCUUACUUACAGUUGGUUAAGGCUUUGCACAAAGUUUUAUUUUGUUGCUAGGGAAAAGAAACCUUGCAUAAUCCCCCCAAAAGUGUUAAGGGCUUCAAUACAAGGCAGUGUACCUCAGCAUGGGUGAAGGAGAGCAAUAUGGGGUUUUUAGAAGAGGAUCAGCAGAAUUUAGACAAUCCCAGAAAAGAGGAGUCUGAACUGAAGAAGACCGAAGUUGGCCAUGGAUUUUCACCAAUUCUUACAGGAAUUGUAAAAUUAGAAGCCUGUUAUAUAUGUAUCUUUAGGGUCAUAAAUAAUUAUGCUUCUGUUAACUAUACAGUAAACCUUGUCAUUCUGGUAUGAA